GUCUGGAACACCUCCCGUUCAUGAUGAUGUCACACCCCCUGAUCCCUGUCAGUAUGGCGCCUGCCUCCGUCUCCAUGGCAAUGAGUCAGAUGAACCACCUCAACACGUUAGCCAGCAUGGCCUCUGCUGCCCAGGUCCACCACUCUACCCUCUCCUCCCGCGGCCGCAUGGUCACCUCCGUUAUAAAGGAGCGUGUUCGGGACAGUCCGUCUCCCUCUCUGGAGGACGGGAGGAGGUCUGGGAGUCACCUGUCCUCUCAUCACAGCAGCAGCAUCUCCAGCUCCCCAGUACACACAGAACACUCUGCAGACAGGACCCACGUGCAGCAGAACGGCCUGUCCUCCAGCCAUGCUCUGUUGGGUCUAUCUCCCAGUGCUGUGCCUGGUCCUAAAGAAGGAGAUGUGGCCAGCCUGGACUCUGGCCACGAAGCUAAGAGGAACCAUGUUGAGAGAGAUGACUGUGGUUCCCUGAGCACCCAGACAGUCAGAGAACCAAUCAGAGAGCCAGUCAGAGAACCAAUCAGAGACGGCUAUGAGAGGCUGUCGUUCUCGGGGCAGAAGCUUCCUCCAGGGUUCCCCGGGCCCUUUAUCUUCCCUGAGGGGCUGUCGUCAAUAGAGACUCUGCUCACUAACAUCCAGGGCUUGCUGAAGGUUGCCAUCGACAACACGCGUGCUCAGGACAAGCAGGUGCAGACGGAGAAGUCAGAGCUGAAGAUGGAACUGUUCAGAGAGAGGGAGCUCAGAGAGACACUGGAGAGACAGCUCACCAUGGAGCAGAAAAACAGAGUGCUGAUCCAGAAGCGUCUGAAGAAAGAGAAGAAGAGUAAGAGGAAACUUCAGGAGGCUCUGCAGUUUGAGUGUAAACUGAGAGACCAUGCUGAGCAGACUCUGCAGCAGACUGUAGCGGCAGACAGAGCCCUCUGUGACUCACUGACCCAGGAAGUAGACAACGGUAACCAAGGUAACGGCAGGACUGACGCAGAGGCAGCGAUACAAGAUGGAAGACUCUUCCUGAAAACCACAGUGAUGUAUUGAAGACAACAUGGAGAGAAGAGGAGAUGGAUUCGAGCACCAUUGAAGAGAUUCCAGGGACUUGCAUCAGUAGCAUCAUGGACGUUUCAGUACUCCACACAGUCAUAAAAGACUGACAAUACACAACACAGAACAAAUAAUCAAAGAGUUGUGAUAACAGUGUUACGUGCAAUACCAAUGUCUUUCACAGAAACACAAUCACAGAAAAGUGGAACUGAAGGAGAGAUUUUUCUACUUUAUUUAAACCAGCCUGAAUGCUCAGAGAAGGACAAAUCCACUUCCAAUUUUUGACUUGUAUUCCUGUCUCAAGUUUUAUAAGAUUUCAAUGUUUUAAAGCAUAAUGUCACGAAGGUCGGGUAAAUCUAGAGGUUAAUUUAUUACGUUAUUUCUGUACAUAAAUUGAUACAAUGUUUCAUUACAAUAUUUGUUUUUGCUGUUUAUUCUAGUGAUGAAAAAUGCCGGUUCGGCGUUGGCCAUUGUUGUAUAUCAGAGGAAAGGGGAAGGAUUCCCAUGGAAUGUUAUGUACAUCAAGGAAAGACAUUGUAUUGUGUAUUGUAAUGCAGUAGAUCAGAUAGAUGAAAAAAAGAAUACAAAACAUU